AUGGAGGGGACAAUGCUGACGGCAGAACAGGAAAAGCCACAGAAGCGGGUGAGGUUCCGCGUGGCUUCAGGGAACAGCGGCCGGGUUCUAAAGGAGAUGUUCAAAGAUGAGGGGCCCUCAGACUCCCUGGAUUCAGACUGUACCAGCAGCUCUGACGCUGAACGGGCCAGUACUCCCUCUACAAGUGGAGAUGCACACGGACACCUGUACCUGGGCUCUGAGCUGGAUGACAGUGAGAGUGAACCUGAUGAACUGCUCAUGUACGCAGGGGCCACCAAGGACUGGACAUUCACCACCAAGAGGGUCAACAUACUCAGUAAAAAUGGGACUGUGAGGGGGGUCAAACACAAAGUCAGCGCAGGUCAGACGCUGUUUGAAAACCUUCCCGAUUCCAACAGUUUAUCUCUUGAAUUUGGGCGGAUAGUGAUCUACACUACAGGUUUCCGUGUGGUGAGGACCACCUUUGAGCGCUGCGAGCUGGUCCGGAAGAUCUUCCAGAACCACAGGGUGAAGUUUAUGGAGAAGAACAUCGCUCUGGACUGUGAGUACGGGAAGGAGCUGGAGGAGCGGUGCAAACGUGUGGGAGAACCUCCUUCAUUACCUGUUGUGUUCAUAGACGGACACUACCUUGGGGGUGCUGAGAAAAUACUAGACAUGAAUGAAUCAGGAGAGCUUCAAGAUCUACUGACAAAAAUUGAGAGGGUACAGCAGCCCCAAACGUGCCAGACCUGUGGGGGCUUUGCCUUCAUCCCGUGCCUGAUGUGCCAUGGCAGCAAGAUGUCCGUGUACCGCAACUGCUUCACGGAUUCCUUCAAAGCCCUAAAGUGCACUUCCUGCAACGAGAACGGCCUGCAGCCGUGUGUAAGCUGCAGUGAGUGAGGAUGUUAAGUGCCUGACCCAACAUCCUUCCUUCCUUCCUCCUCCAGGACCCAA